GGCCAUGUUCAAAGUGAUCCAUUCAGCUCGUAUGAGUGCCAAGUGGAAAAGAUGACUGGCCUGGUAGUGAUAUUGCUUGCGUGCUUCGCGGCCUUGGCACAUGGCAAGGCCGGAUAUGGACCGGGAGAUCAGGAUUGGGGAUUCGUCGACGUACGUCCAGGCGCCCACAUGUUCUAUUGGCUCUACUACACCACGGCCAAUGUAUCCAGCUACACGGAACGUCCCCUGGCCAUUUGGUUGCAAGGAGGACCAGGUGCCUCGUCUACUGGCUAUGACAACUUCGAGGAGCUGGGGCCGCUGAAGCUUGACGGAAGCUACCGCGAGUGGAAUUGGGCCAAAGACAUGAACGUGAUGUUCAUCGACAAUCCCGUGGGUAGUGGCUUCAGCUGCGUCGACAAUUCAUCGUAUUAUACGACGACGAACAAGCAGAUCGCCCUGGAUCUGGUGGAGCUGAUGAAGGGCUUUUAUGAGAAUCAUCCGGAGUUCAAGGCUGUGCCCUCGCACAUCUUCUGCGAGAGCUACGGCGGAAAGAUGGCCCCAGAGUUCGCUCUGGAGCUGUACUAUGCCAUUCAGCGCGGUGAGAUCGAUAGUAACUUGGUGUCGGUUGGAUUGGGUGAUCUGUGGACAUCGUCCAUCGAUUCCGUGCUCUCCUGGGCUUCGUUCCUCCUUCAGCUGGGCAUCGUUGAUACGGAUGGCCAUGACAAGAUCGAGUCUUCGGCCGCAUCGACCAAGAGAUAUGUAGACCGUGAGCUUUGGACCCUGGCCACACUACAGUGGAGCUCCACGCAGUCGGUGGUGCUUUGUGAGUCGAAGGGCGUCGACAUAUACCAUGUGGAGACAGCGACGCUUGGCGAUAAGUACGUGCUGAGGUCAAUGCCCAUGAGUCAAGAGGGUAGAAUCAUGAAACCUGGUCAAAGCAAAACAGGUGACCUGCUGAGCAACACCACCGUCAGAGUGGGUGUUUUCUCCGACGGCCUGGACCUGAUCUGUGCCACCCCAGGAGCUGUCAGUUGGAUUGCCGACAUGGAGUGGACGGACAAGGCGUCCUACCUGGCUGCUUCGCGUGUUGGCAUCACCGUGGAUCGUGUCCUAGAGGGCUAUGAGAAGACGGCUGGAAAUUUCAGCAUCUUCUGGGUGAAUCGUGCGGGACACAUGGUGCCCGCCGAUAAUCCGGCAGCCAUGUCUUACAUUCUGCGCAAAUUCACCAACUUUGGUUAAGCGU